AACUAAUCCAGUACCAUUGUAGAAAUGUCAAAUGUCAGAUGACAGACGAGUUGGCCACAACAAUGGGUUGAAAUAAAAACGCAUUACAAAGUGUCUGAGAAAAAUUCAUCACGCACUCACACAUACACACUCGCAGAGAAAGAGAGAGGGAGAGAGAGACUCACCAUCGAAUGACAACAAUUGAAGGAAAAAAGAAUUAAGUGAAGAGAAGAAAAUUUCGAAUUGUAAACUUUUUGUCAUCAAACUGUGUGAUGUUAAAUGCUCAGUGUCACAUCUAUUUUUAAUUAAUAUAUCGUUUCUCGAUGUGAUGUCCAAUGUCAAAUAAAUAUUUACGGAAAUCGAGUAAUUUAAUCUUCAUUCGACUCGUACUCACCGUAGAUUUGUGUUAGAAUAAUUAAAUUCGCGGUCAAUUUUGGUGUUUUCCAUUGUUUGGAUCAAAAUCAGCUGAAAAUCUAUUGGAUUAGAAUGAGUGAAAAUGAGGCGACCACGACGACCAAAGAACAUAAAGUGAUAAUUAUUGGAGCAGGCUGUGCUGGUCUAUCGGCUGCAAAUCAUCUAAUAAAAAAUGGUUUAACCGAUUUCCGAAUACUAGAAGCGCGAGGUCGAACUGGAGGACGAAUUGUUUCCAUUGAUCUUGGUGCGGAAAAAAUUGAAUUGGGUGCAAAUUGGAUUCAUGGUGUACUCGGGAAUCCGAUAUUCGAACUAGCGAUGGCCAAUGGAUUAGUCAGCAUAUUAAAUACUCCGAAACCACAUAAACUAAUUGCAACGACAGAGGAUGGCAAACAGGUGCCAUUUCCAAUACUUCAAGAAAUCUACGAAGCAUAUGUGUGCUUUCUGAAGCGAUGCGAAGAAUAUUUUUUGUGUCAAUAUAUACCGCCGCCCGAUAUCGAUAGCGUGGGAGAGCACAUUAACUAUGAAAUCGAAUUGUAUUUAGCAAAUCAAUCAGAUGGCGAACAAAAACAUUUGAAAAAAAUGAUAUUCGAAUGUUUGUUGAAGCGCGAGACGUGCAUUUCCGGUUGUAAUAGUAUGAAUGAAAUAGAUUUAUUAGAAUUAGGCAGUUAUACAGAACUUCAAGGUGGUAAUAUUGUCUUGCCAAAGGGCUAUUCAAGCAUUCUCGGUCCGAUGACACAAUCCAUUUUACCCGAACAAAUAGUACUCUCUUGCCCAGUGAAAACCAUUCAUUGGAAGAGAAAAUCAAAUCGUGCCGAAUGUACAAUCGGCGGUUUGGAAACAGUUGACGAAGUAGAUUCAGACGAUUCAGAUAAAACUGUAACCGAUGUACCAAUCAAUCGUAGUCCAUCGCAUGACAAUCAUCGCCGUGAUAAAGUGAAAAUUGUCUGUGACAAUGGCAUUGAAUACUAUGCCGAUCAUGUAAUUUGUACGGUGCCGCUUGGUGUACUGAAGGAAAAUCAUGAAACAUUGUUCGAACCGAAAUUACCACAAUACAAAUUAGACUCAAUUGAUCAUUUACUUUUUGGCACCGUUGAUAAGAUUUUCCUCGAAUAUGAUCGACCAUUCUUAAACAAGGACAUUAGUGAAGUGAUGCUACUGUGGGAUACAAUUGAUGAUGCCAGUGUAAGCAUUGAAAAACAUUGGUUUCGAAAGAUUUACUCCUUCAGCAAAGUGAGCGAAACAUUGCUGCUGGGGUGGAUAUCGGGAAAAGAAGCUGAAUAUAUGGAAACAUUAUCGCAUACGGUAGUAGCUGAUGUUUGUACCGAUAUUCUACGAAAAUUCCUAAAGGAUCCAUUUAUACCGAAACCAAAGAGUUGUGUUUGUACCAGUUGGCAUCGUCAACAAUACUGUCGAGGCUCAUAUACGGCGAUUAGUGUUGGUGGUUCUCAAGAGGAUAUCGAUAAUGUUGCACAACCAUUGUAUUCAUCACCGCACCAUACGAAACCGGCUAUAGUAUUUGCUGGCGAGCACACACAUUGUAAUUUCUAUUCAACCGUUCAUGGAGCCUAUUUGAGUGGUAGAACAGCGGCUCAAUUUCUUGUAACGCCCGAUUCACCGCAAGAGGUUAUUAUGGAAUCGGACACAAGUGACUUAAGUUCAUGGAUUCAAGGCAUUGCACUCGAUUAAUAUAAAGAGUCGGUUACACAAAAACAUAUAAUGUUCCGCUUGCAACAACUACAACGCUCUCAACAUUGCCACUUCAAUUUCUCAAAUCUGCGCCUAGAUUCUUUGUGACAAGCCAAAACAAACAUUAAUCUACACAUUUUAUUGUAUUAUUUUUGGUGCAUCGCUUGGGCGUGUUUUUUUUAAAAAUAUGAAUUUGUUUUUGAGACAUGAAUUGAGAAUUGUUUGAAUUUUAGUAUGAAGAACAUGAAAGUAUGAAAUGAUUUGAGGGAGAAAGAGAAAAAGAAAAUUGAAUUGUGCUAUUGCUCGAUAAACCAACCAUCAUCAUGCAUUGAAGAUUUUUAUUUUUUUAGACAAUAAACUUUAGUGAAUGCAAAA